AUGGCAAGACCUUUGGAGGAUGUCUACUGCACGCUCCUUAUGAGCGACUCCUAUCUGCCUGGAGCCGCAGUUCUUGCACAUUCUUUACACGAUGCUGGCACCAAGAAGAAGCUGGCCGUUCUCGUUACGCUCGACACGCUGUCGGCCGAUACCAUAACCAAGCUAAAGGCGCUAUACGACUAUGUGAUCCCCGUCGACCGUAUACGCAACCCUAAUCCCGCCAACUUGUAUUUGAUGGGCCGCCCGGACCUCCUCUACGCCUUCACCAAGAUUGCAUUAUGGCGACAAACACGCUUUCGCAAGAUUGUAUACUUGGAUGCGGACGUGGUCGUAUUACGCGCUUUGGACGAGCUUUUCGACAUCGACGCAACCUUUGCCGCUGCACCAGAUGUUGGCUGGCCGGAUGCUUUCAACACCGGUGUAAUGGUCCUCACUCCUGACAUGGGCGAGUACUGGGCGUUGCAGACCAUGGCCUCCACCGGCGACAGCUUCGACGGCGCUGAUCAGGGUCUGCUAAACCAAUACUUUGAACACCGCAAUUGGCAUCGCUUAAGGUUUACUUACAACACGACCCCGAAUGCUCAAUACCAAUGGGAGCCCGCAUACCGAUACUACAAACGCGAUAUUAGUGCUGUUCACUUCAUUGGCAAAGACAAGCCGUGGAAGGCUGGGCGCAAUGGCCCUGGCGGGUACGGCGUCUACAACGAGCUACUGGCUCGUUGGUGGGCCGUUCAUGAUAGGCAUCUCAAGCAAACUUCGGUUGCCCCUACAUCUGGUUCAGGUAAGGAAGCAGAGCAUCGUUCUUCAACGGUAGCUCAUCAGAAUGUGCAUGGUGAGAGUGUCGUAUCCGGUGACGCACCGACCCAGCACAGUGCUUCCAUAUCCCAGUCUGUAGUUGAGCCCGAAGCCCCUGGCACAAGCACUGAGAUGCCCCUCACUGAACCCGGAGAAGCCUCGGAAAAUAUUGACCAAGGUUUUACAGAGCCGACUCCAACUUCGCAACAGCGCCAGUUCUCGGCACCGGAGAUGGAAUGGGACGCUACUCGAUUCGAACCGCCAUCCGAAUCCAAACCAGAAGCCGCGAAUUUCCCAACCGCGCAGUACACGUUCAGCGACAGUCACGAGUUCUUCAAGGCACCCCAAGUCUACCCCGAGCCUCCCAAAGACAUGUGGUAUCAGGUACCAGAAGACAAACCCAAGCCUACCGAGCCACCGAAACCAAUCUUUCCGUGGGAGCGCGAGCGUGACCGUCCCAAGCCGACACGUGUAUUUGCCGAAGACCUUCCACCUCCCGAGCCAACGCCGCCUACGCCCACGAUUACGUUAAGUCCAUCUUCGGCUUUUGGACCCCCAGGGGCACAUCCGUUUUCUACUGUGCAUUACGAUGAGGAAGAGACCAUGUCUGAAGAAGUAGUAGCGCCUGGGCAUCAGAGCCCUGAACGCGUUUCUUCUCCGAAGACUGCUGACCAACAGUGGCAGGACUUCCAGCAGAGCAAUACUAAUGCAUGGGACAGCGUGCCCGGGAUCGAAACAUACGUACGAGCAGUCAUGGAGUCGCAAUCCCAACGAGGGAAACCGAAAGUCCUGAGUCCAGCAGCUGAAGAGGUCUCAUUGCCCAUCAUGAGCCGCAAACAGCGCCGCGAGAGUCUCAUACUCACCGAUUUCCCUUCCGCAGUCGAACGACCGAGUCUGCCAGUCACCCCGGCGCCUGUUGCGCGACCCACGUUUUGGGGCGAAGAGAGGGACGAGCAAGGGGAGCUACCUCAAGCGGAGGGUGUUCCAGAUCAACAAGACUGGGUAUGUCCCCAAUGUGGAUUUUUCUCUGUCAGCGCUUCAGAUUUUCGUCGUUCUCGCGAGUUGCCUGCAUCGCCCGUUCCUGUCGAGAAGGCCGCGCCUCCUCUUCGACUCGUUACUACCCAGUCCAUUGAAACUCGGCCGAUUACGAUUCAGCCGGCCAAGAAACAAAGAAAGAUUCCGAAAACGCAGCCCACUUCAAUCGCGUCAGAAAAAUUAUUGCUCAACACGACGUCAUCGCCCGCUCCACCCAAGCCCCACCCUAGGAUUGGUAAUCCAGAAGAGAAGCUCGAGCAGCUACGACGGUCCUCGCUCAUCGAAUUCGAACAUUUGAAAAGUCCCAAUCAUCCGAAGGCACCACUCAGAAAGCUGCCAGAACACUCCGUCGACUUAGGCCCUCCAUCAAACCACCCUUCCAAGGCAAAGACAUCUGAUCCGUCUCUUGUGAGCUCAAGCGGACCAGCUAUGGGCGGAACGGACGCAAAAGAUGUCGCGAGUUCUUCGGGUGCACCGGAAGACUCAAACAAGGGCAUCACGAAAGACCUGGCCAAUCCACCCAAACCAUCUCACGGCUAUUUCGCCCUUGCAAGACCCGAAAACAAGGAAGACACAGCUGCUCAGACCCCAGCCGAUAUGCCGCUAUUUGUUGCACCGAAUUUCGGGACUGACGGCACAGGUGACGAGCUCGACGAUGCACCAAGAUUGCCUCACGAGCAAGCACCAUUCCCUCGCGACGAACCUCUCAGUCCAACUCAGACGCGAUGA